GUAAUUUAAGAAUUGAAGGAGCAGAUGAUGAUGAUGAAGAUGAGAUUAAAGAAGAGGAAGAUGAAGUGAAGAAAGUAGAGCCAGAAGACGAUGACGAUGACGAUGAUGAUGAUUUCUAUAAAGAUGAAGAAGAAGAACAGAAAAUCGUAUUAAGUAAAUCAUCCAUUGAAUUCUUACUUCAAGAUGAAUUAAUGAAUUUCGGAGUAACAUCUUCAUUCACGCUUGGAUUCUAUUCUACUGAAAAAUAUAUUGCUAAUUUGAAGAAUCCAAACUAUAAAGAAGUUGCCAUUGUAUCCAAUUCAGGACUGCAUUCACAAGGUCGUUUAAAUAUCAUGACUCCAACCAUUCAACCUAAUAUUAUAUCAUCAUUAACUUUCUCUCAAGUUAAUCGAAUGUGGAAUUUAAAUCAAAAAUAUUUAAUCACUUCCGAUGAUAUUAAUUUAAAAUCAGAAAUUUUCCAAAUUGAAAAAUCAUUCCAACGUUUAAAAUCAAAAGAUUUCUUAAACAAUCAAGCAACUAUCUCAAUGCAUGAAUUAAAUAAUGGGAAAUAUAUCUUACAAAUCACUCCUAAGAAAGUGGUCCUUUAUAACAACACUUUUAAGAAAAGAUUAGAAUUAGAAGAUUCUUUUAUUCCUGAUGAUGAUGAAAUUAUAAAUAGUACUUUAAAAGAUGAAUUCUUAAUGAUCUUUUUAUCUAGUGGUGAUGUAUUAAUCUUUGCCAUUAAUACUUAUAAUGAAACAUUUGCUAAAGUUGAAAUCCCAAAGAUUUUAAAUGAUGUCAUUAUUACUACUGGUUAUAUUACCAAUUCCAGUUUAUUAAGCGCCGUUCUGAAAAAUAUAAACAUUCUUAUCAAAGGAAGUGGUGGACAAAAGAGAUCAAGAUCUUCAUCAUUAGCAUAUCAAGCUACAGCUCCUAUCGAUACAGCUUCAAAACUGAAAACUUUCAUAUUAGUUACUGGUGAUAAUAGAAUUGUUGCUUUCAAUAGAUUCCAUAAUCAAAAAUGUUUCCAAUUAAAUGAAGUAGAUAAAUUUUCUGAUACUUUAAGUUUAGGAUUCUUCGAUCCUAAGCAGAUCUAUCCUGAUCCAUUUAUAAAACAAGUUAUAUUAAGUGAAUUAGGUGAUAAAGAUCACAAAGAAGAGUUUUUAACCAUCUUAACUAUUGGGGGUGAAGUCUUAAUGUAUAAAUUAUAUUUUGACGAAGAGAAUUUCAAAUUCAAGAAGGAAAAGAAUCUUACUAUUACAGGAGCUCCUAAUAAUGCUUAUCCAUUAGGUACAGCUAUUGAAAGAAGAUUGGUUUAUUUCUCCAAUAAAAAUGGAUUUAAAUAUAUUUUCGUGACUGGUAUAAUUCCAUAUAUAAUUCUUAAGAAUUUACAUUCUAUUCCUCGAAUCUUCAAAUUUUCAAAGAUACCAAUCUUAUCAAUCUCAUUCUAUGCUGAUUCCAAAACCACAAAUGGAUUAAUUUAUUUAGACAAUCUUCAAAAUGCUCGUAUUUGUGAAUUACCUACUGAUUUCAAUUAUGAAAAUAAUUGGCCAAUAAAGACUGUUUAUAUCGGAGAACUGAUAAAAUCAAUUGCAUACCAUGAAACCAGUAAUACAUAUGCCGUAUCUACCAUCAGUGAAAUCCCAUAUGAUUGUUUAGAUGAAGCAGGUAAACCAAUUGUUGGUGUACAAGUUGAUAAACCAAGACCUGAAUCGUUCAAAGGUUCGAUAAAAUUGAUCUCACCUUUUAAUUGGACUGUGAUUGAUACGAUUGAAUUGAAGGAUGAUGAAGUAGGAAUGACGAUAAAAUCAAUGGUAUUAGAUGUUGGAGGUGGUUCAAGUAAUAAAAAAUUCAAAUCGAAGAAGGAAUUAAUCACUAUUGGUACAGGUAAAUAUAGAAUUGAAGAUUUAUCAAGUAAUGGAUCAUUUAAAGUAUUUGAAAUCAUUGAUAUUGUUCCUGAACCAGGUAAGCCAGAAACCAAUCAUAAAUUUAAAGAAAUGUUCCACGAAGAUACCAGAGGGGCUGUCACAUCUAUUUGUGAAGUUAGUGGAAGAUUUUUAGCUGCUCAAGGUCAAAAGAUUAUUGUAAGAGAAUUAGAAGAUGAUGGGGUUGUACCAGUGGCAUUUUUAGAUACAUCGGUGUAUGUAUCUGAAGCAAAAAGUUUUGGAAAUUUAGUAUUAUUAGGUGAUUCAAUUAGAAGUAUUUGGUUAGUUGGAUUUGAUGCAGAACCAUUUAGAAUGAUCAUGUUAGGUAAAGAUUUACAAACUUUAGAUGUUAAUUGUGCUGAUUUCAUAAGUAAAGACGAAGAGAUUUAUAUUUUAAUUGCCGAUAAUAAUAAUAUCUUACACUUAGUUCAAUAUGAUCCUGAAGAUCCAACCUCAUUAAAUGGACAACGAUUAAUAUCUCGUGCCUCAUUUUCAUUGAAUUCAUUAGUAACAUGUAUUAAAUCCAUUCCUAAGAGUGAAGAAAGUUAUGAUUAUGAUACUGGAGAUUAUUCCCGUUCUACCAUCGGGGAUUAUCAAACCAUUGGUUCAACUAUUGAUGGAUCAUUCUUUAGUGUAUUCCCUGUGAAUGAAUCAACCUAUAGAAGAAUGUAUAUUCUUCAACAACAAUUGAUUGAUAAAGAGUUUCAUUAUUGUGGAUUAAAUCCUAGAUUGAAUAGAUUUGCCGGUAUUUCAAUCUCAGGUAAUGAUACUAAUUCCAAACCUAUUUUAGAUUAUGAUGUUAUCAAGACAUUUGCCAAAUUGAAUGAAGAUCGUAAGAAGAAUUUAUCGAAUAAGGUCAGUUCCAAGGAUAUCACUCAAGAUAUUUGGAAAGAUAUUAUAGAGUUCGAACAUGUUUUAAAAGGUUUAUAGGUUAGCAUAACUUGUAUAUAAUAAUAAUAAUAACAGUAACAGUACA